UCUUCCUUGGCUCCCAUGUGUUAAUUAUGGCGGAUCUAAACAGUGUCUUGGAAUUAUGCGGAGACCUGGAGAUGAAAUUAGAAGAAACACUUCUUCAAAAGGAAAGACGGGAUCUGAUUACCGAACAUUUGGCAUUAAUUAGUUCCAAGUACAAAUUCACAAUACCAGAUUUUCCUGUCGGUUGUGACUGGCUGAACUCUGUUCCUCUCUCACUGACCAACCAUCUGAAGGGUAAAGUGGCCGUCUUAGACUUCUUUACUUACUGCUGCAUGAAUUGCCUUCAUGUUUUGCCAGACUUGGAAGUGCUGGAGGAAACUUACAGCAUAGAGAAAGGUGUGGUUGUGAUCGGUGUCCAUUCAGCUAAAUUCAACAACGAGAAAGUGCUGGACAAUGUAAGGAAUGCUGUGCUACGUCACAACAUCAUGCACCCUGUCAUUAAUGAUCCUGAUGCUUACCUCUGGAAUGAACUCAUGAUAAACUGUUGGCCAACCUUUGUUGUCCUUGGGCCUAACAAUGAGUAUCUUCACUCGUUUGCUGGAGAAGGUAACAGACAGAGAAUAUUGGAAUUUGUUGAUGUUGCCUUAGAGUAUUACGGGGAGACUGGAUUAAUAAAACCUCACCAGUUGCCACUACAUUUCGAGAAAAAUGAUUUAGAGAGAUGCGAAGACAUUCUCCAGUUUCCUGGCAAGCUGUGUGUUGAUAGUCAGGGGUCAACGUUAUACAUUUCAGACAGUGGUCACAAUAGAAUACUUGGCUGUGAUCUUACCUCAGGUGUCAUUAAGACUGUUAUUGGAGGACCUGAGAAAGGGUUUCAAGAUGGUUCGUUUCAAAAUGCCAGAUUCAAUAAUCCUCAGGGUUUGGUCCUAAACAACCAGACAUUGUACGUUGCCGACUGUGAUAACCAUUCUGUGAGAAAGAUUGAUCUGUCCAACAAUGAAGUCACCACAAUUGCAGGAACCGGUUUCCAAGGUGAUGAUAAAGAAGGAGGAAAGCUUGGUACACAGCAACCCCUCUGCUCUCCUUAUGAUUUGGUGAUGGUACCUUCUGUUGUUUCAGUUUCUGGUAAACACGAUGUCCUCCUGAUUGCUCUGGCUGGUUCACAUCAAAUCUGGGCCUAUUUCUUGCAAGAUACAGUUUGGUUUCAAAAGAGCCAAUAUGAAUGCGGUACCUGUGUCUGCGUUGCUGGCAGCGGGUGUGAAGAGAACCGGAACAACAGCUACCCUUUGAAAGCUUCCUUUGCACAGCCAUCCGGAAUAACUUACUGUCCAUCACAGCAUUGUGUCUACAUCGCUGACUGUGAGAGUUCAAGUAUUCGGUGUUUUGACUUGAAAUCACAGGCCGUCCGAGCAGUUGUUGGAGCUGAGAGAAAUCCUACGAAUCUUUUUGCUUUUGGCGAUGUGGAUGGUUCCGGCAUUGAGGCAAAAUUGCAACAUCCUCUUGGAGUUGAGCUGUUAACUGAUUCUCCCGAUGGUCCCCUCAUAAUUGCUGAUACUUAUAACCACAAGAUCAAACGCGUCAAUUUGUCAUCGAAAUCUUGUUCUACAUUGAUUGGUUGCGGUCAGCCAGGGGACUUGAUUUCUACUGAUCCAUUACUGUCAUCAUUUAACGAACCGGCUGAUCUGGCAGUUGAUGCAGCCAAGCAGUUAAUAUACAUUGCAGAUACUAAUAACCACCGCAUAAAACUGUUUGAUUUACAUACAAACUCCCUGUCCGAUCUUCCUAUGAAGAUAGAAAAACUACAAGAAUCGGUAAACGAAAAUUCUUGUAAUUUAGAUAAGACAAGAUUUCGCAUCACUCCAAAAAAGACAAAAGCUCAGCUUUUGGAAACUGUCCGUUUAUGUUCAUCAAGUUGUCUAACAUUCCAGUUAGACAUCAGUUUCAGAAGUGGGGUUUCAUUGACCAAUGACAUGGUCAGCUGUUGGCAGAUUUUCACUGAAGAUGAUGCCAGCAAACAGCUUCUUGCAAACCUCACAAAGACAAAUGGUGAAAUUGUCAGUUUGACCAGUCAACCCAGAAUUGACAUCCAUAUACCAGUGAUUGACCAGUGUACUCCCUUUCAAGUCCUCGAAAAAGUCGGUGCUCUCUCUAAUAUUAAGCGAUUCGCAGGAAUGGGUAGUGGUGCUAUCGUAGCUUGCCUCUUGGCUGCUGGUUUUGCCCCAGAUUCUGUACAGUGUCUACUAGAUAUGCACCUGCAAAGUUUUUCGUUCGAUAUUCAAUAUACCCCCAAGGUUCGCCAAGAAGAGGUGCUUCAUAACUUUGGGUGGAAUGACGGCUAUAGGUUUCUCGAUUGGUUAGGGCGUAUUUUGAUACAGAAGUUUCAAGACGCUGACGUUACCUUUCAACAGUUAUACGACGAAACCGGUAACGAGCUGUGUAUUCCGGUCAUGAAUUUAAAUCUGAACAAGAUGGAAUAUUUCCACCCGAAAACUACUCCCGACUUUGUCGUCCGACGGGCAAUUUCCUUAGCCAUGUCUAUACCGGGUAUAUACCGUCCCCUCAAAUUAAGUCUGGAUGAAUCCCCUGAAGAUUACUACAUGGAUGGUGGGAUUAUCUGCAAUUAUCCAAUUCACUGCUUUGAUGGAUGGUGGCUAUCGAUGGAGCCUGAUGACCGCUUUCUUCACAAAUGUCAACCGUCUAUUGACUUGAGAUCUUUGGAGAUUGAAUGUUUCUUUGGAUUUAACCACACAAGCCUUGGCAUUAUGACGUUUGACGAUUACCACAACAAUGAUACAUACGAUGUAAUGAAACGGCGACUUGAACAAGUCGAUGGCGUUAUCUCUACACCAGCAACCGAACUUGGCAAGAAAUGUAAAGAGGCCAAGGAAAGGCUGAAACUGAUGCGACUACAAUUGGAGGGCUUUCCAGAAGCCAGUGAAAAACUAGGAACUAUUUUGGAGACGCUUCAGGAAGAUGACAACUUAGUAUCUAUUGUUAGAUUGGCAAAAGAACUUACCGAUAGCACUGUUUUCUCUUCGGCUGAGCUCCAGGUAUUAUUUGGUGUGGAUAAUGACGAAAGAGAAUGUUUGGAAUUGCUUCGAGGAUAUGCCAACAGUGAAGAUCGGCUGUCAAUUGGCACUAUUCUGUCUAUUGCCGAGAAAAGACACUGGCAGAAUUUCUACGCUUACAGCAAGAUAACACCAACGUUUGCAGUGACUAAUUUGUCUUCAUUUUGGGGAGCGGUUAAUAGUGUAUCGAACGAAAAGAACAAAUCAGUGUCGAAAACCGACUUGUUCCGUACUAUUGGUAUCUACACUGGCCAUGUUACCAAUAAUGAUACUGGCCUGCAGGAAGCCGACGCAAUCUACCUGUAUCAGCAUGGCUGGAACUGCACUGUGGCGUUCUUGCGAGAGAUUACCCAGACAUCCACCCCUACUACGUCAGGACAGAAAAACUUGUUAUCUAGCAGUUCAGACACUUCCUGAAUCCGUUGACGAAUCCCUUUAAACGAAUUUUGCUUCAAUAAUGGCUACGAAUACCCGAAAAAUCUUUGUUCAAUUUGUACUCGUCUCGAAUUUGCAGUUUUUGGUUUAUUUCAAGGAAAUAGUAGUUUAUGGCUUUAAUGAAUUGUCUUUAUCGAAAUAAAGUUUUAC